AUGGGUGACACACAGAAGAAGCUGCAGGAGCUUUCCGACGACUACCAGAAGAUUCAGGGAGAGCUUUCGUCCGCUAUCGAUGCGCGCCAGAAGCUAGAAUCGCAGCAGCAGGAGAACACGGGCGUCCAGAAGGAGUUCGCCAAACUCGACGAUGAUGCAAACAUAUACAAGCAAAUCGGCCCAGUACUCCUGAAACAAGACAAGACCGAAGCGGUGAUGGCUGUGGAUGGACGAUUAGAGUUCAUCGACAAGGAGAUCAAACGGUUCGAGAAGCAAAUCGUAGACAUUCAACAGCGAGCGGAGAAGCUGAAGGCGGAGAUAAUUCAUAUCCAGUCUCAGGCUCAACAAGCACAACAAACUGCCGCAGCCACAUGA